UUACCCACUUGCGUCCCAUCUUGCGUCCUUUACCCACUUUGCCGCCAAAAUUUCGAUCCGUUUAAAGACCGUGCAGGGCUUGCAGAAGAAGGAAGAGGAAGCGAGACUAUCGCUCGACUUGGAGGAGGAAGAGAAAGAAUGACCUCCAAACAAGAAGGGGAGGAUGAAGAGUUAGGGUCUUCCUUUGAUUCCGAUCAAGGAUACGAUGAAGAAUCCGAGUACGGAGGACAAGAAGAGGAAGAAGUCGAGGAAGAAGACGAGGAGAGUGGCACGGAAGAAGCCUGCUCCGCUGAUCAAGAUCGGAAGUCACAGAACGUCGCCGCCCUCGUGAGAGGAAAUAUUCUUGUAAGAAGGCAGCCACUUAUUCCACGAAUUCUAUGUGUCUCUGAUGGAGCAGCGGUGGCUCGAAAGCCUUUUAAGCCACCAUGCCCUUACCGAUACAAGGAUGAAAAUGAUGAACUAACUCGACGACUUUGGGUGCGUAAGAGAUUUGUACCAUGGUGUUCCUCAAGAACACCAUUGGUUACCAUUGGCAACAUUCUGCAUUCACCGAGUUUCACUAAUGAUGAUCCUGAAGAAAGAAAUCAGCCUCUGCCCCCUGGGAUAGAGCCUUUAGUUCUUUGGCUGCCCGAAGGAGCAGAUGAGGCAAAUGAUUGUGUAUCUCGAAUCGAAGUAGAUCCUUUACUUGUUCGCUAUCUUCGGCCUCAUCAAAGAGAAGGAGUUCAGUUUAUGUUUGAAUGUGUUUCUGGGUUAUCUGGUUCUGAUGGUAUCUCGGGAUGCAUUCUGGCAGAUGAUAUGGGAUUGGGGAAGACUUUACAAUCAAUUACUUUGCUGUAUACACUUCUUCGGCAGGGCUUUGAUGGCCAGCCAAUGGUUAAGAGGGCUAUGAUUGUGACUCCCACAAGCCUUGUUAGCAAUUGGGAGGCAGAGAUUAACAAGUGGAUUGGAGGAAAAGUUCAGCUUCUUUCUCUUUGUGAAAGCACACGAGCAGAUGUCUUAUCAGGGAUUGAGAAUUUCUUAAGACCCUGCAGCCCUUUUCAGGUGCUCAUCAUAUCUUAUGAGACAUUUCGAAUGCAUUCAUCAAAAUUUGAAAAAGGUGGAAGUUGUGAUCUUCUCAUAUGUGAUGAGGCUCACAGGCUGAAAAAUGAUCAGACAUUAACCAAUAGGGCAUUGGCUUCUCUACCUUGCAAAAGGCGUAUCUUAUUGUCAGGGACGCCCAUGCAGAAUGAUCUUGAAGAAUUUUUUGCCAUGGUAGACUUCACAAAUCCAGGAGUUCUGGGAGAUGCUACAUAUUUCCGGAAGUACUAUGAAAUACCAGUGGUUUCUGGAAGAGAGCCUACAGCAACCUUAGAAGAAAGGAAGUUGGGUAUUGAGAGAUCUGCUGAGCUGAGUGUAAAAGUAAACCAGUUUAUACUGAGGAGGACGAAUACUUUGUUGUCAAAUCACUUACCACCUAAGAUCAUUGAAGUGGUAUGUUGCAAGCUGACUCCUUUACAACUCGAACUCUAUAAUCAUUUUGUACAAUCAAAAAAUGUUAAGCAUGUUAUAGCUGAAGAGAUGAAGCAAUCCAAAAUUCUAGCAUAUAUAACUGCUCUUAAGAAGCUAUGCAAUCAUCCAAAGCUCAUCUAUGAUUCUAUUAAAAGUGGAAGUUCAGGAACGUCAGGUUUUGAUGACUGCAUACGUUUCUUUCCUACAGAAUUAUUUUCUGGAAGAUCUGGAUCAUGGACUGGUGGUGGUGGAAUAUGGGUGGAACUGUCAGGAAAAAUGCAUGUCCUAGCAAGGUUACUUGGCCAGCUUCGUAAAAAUACUGAUGACCGCGUUGUUCUUGUAUCCAACUACACUCAGACAUUGGAUCUGUUUGCUCAAUUGUGCCGAGAAAGAAGGUAUCCCUUUUUGAGGCUUGAUGGAACUACAUCCAUUGGAAAGCGGCAAAAGUUGGUCAAUCGUUUUAAUGAUCCAUCUAAAGAUGAGUUUCUGUUUCUUCUAAGUAGCAAAGCUGGCGGCUGUGGACUUAAUUUGAUUGGUGGAAAUCGCCUGGUCCUUUUUGACCCUGACUGGAACCCUGCUAAUGACAAACAGGCUGCAGCAAGAGUCUGGAGGGAUGGGCAGAAGAAGCGAGUCUACAUCUACAGGUUCUUGACCACAGGAACCAUUGAAGAAAAGGUCUACCAGCGUCAGAUGUCGAAAGAAGGACUUCAGAAAGUUAUUCAAAAGGAACAAGCAAAUAGUCAGAUGCCACAGGGGAGUCAUCUGUCAAAAGAAGAUUUGCGUGAUCUUUUCACUUUUCAUGAGAAUGUCAGGUCUGAGAUUCAUGAAAAUAUGAACUGUGCACGCUGCAAAGAAGAUGGCCUGAUGGCAGUGAAUAACAUUGUCAAUGAGAUAGAGGACGAUGACAGUGGAGAUUCAUGUGAUGGAAAGCAAAAGCUAAGUGGAUUAGUAAAUGACAUUGGCGGAUUUGCUGAAAUUGCUGGAUGCUUGCAAAAUUUGACAAGCUCCCAGAGACAGCUUGGAACCCCGUCUGAAGAAGAUUUAGGAAGCUGGGGCCAUCAUUCAAACCCUGCAACAGUACCUGAUUUAAUUCUUCAAUCGGCAGCUGGUGAUGAGGUCACAUUUGUUUUCACUAAUCAAGUGGAUGGAAAACUUGUUCCAGUUGAAUCAGGAGUAAGAUCCACUCAGCAUUUAGAUAACCAAAAGUAUGAGAAGAAAGAUGGGAAAUCAAUGUUCUUGCCUAUGCAAAUUAAUCAACAAUCUACAAAAUCCAAUGGAAACGCUUGCCUGAAGAGUUUCAGCGGCCUAGACACUCCCCUGUCAAAAGAACCCAAGUCGAUGAAAACAUUACGGAAGUUGCAUUUGCUUAAGAAGUCUAACGUCUCUUUUGGUGACCAAUCCUCCCUCAAAAGGAUGCCUCUUGCUUCUUGUUUAUCUGAUGAUGAUUUCACAUAAAUCUACAGAUCUGGCAUCUUGUUGAACAUACAGUCAUCCAGGAGACCAUGCCAAAGUUGGCAUAGCUGGCUAGAUGCUUCUAUCGGAAUUUGGAAAGAUAAGCACGGAGAAAAGGAAACCAGAAGAGCUGUCCUGGUUAAGCAUAUUUUCCGAAGAAAUAAAGCUGCAGGUUCUUCUGGCUUCACUUCAACAUUAUUGCCAAAGGAAUUUGCUUUUCUGCCUGUAUCUGUCAUAAAAUAAGGCCUCUGAUCCUUGAAUCGUUAUACAAAUACACUCGAGUUUGUGCUGUGCCAAACUCUGAUCGGUUGCAACGUGACAAGUCAUUCCCUUUGUAAUAGUUGAGCUUUUGACAAUUGGGCUCAUCUAAAGGAUCCAGGUCGCCCCGGGGUUUUGACCAACGCACAAGUUCUCUUUACCCGUUUAUAAGUAGGCAUAAAACCGGUAAAAGAAAAAGCAUCGCAGUGGUAUUAUUUUCUAGUUAAUUUUAUUUUAUUACAUUUAAUUGUGUACAAGCAAGUUUGUGAGUCAGUAUUAUUUGAUUGCUUUGUUA